CCAACUUAGGUUUGAGUAUGUUCUAUCUUGUGGAUCCACUUUCUUCGACUUGUGUUCCAUUUAAGUUGUAGGCUAACUGUUGAAACUGCAUUAUCUUGUUCAGAUCAUAUGGCUUCAAAGAUUACUGCUAAAAAGAAUGAUGAUUUUGACUAUGAAAUCAUUGAAGGCGAGUCUAAGACCGCUUUAGCAGCAGCCGGCACGAGUCCUCGGAUUGAUUCUGCAACGUUGGAGCUUCGGCAUCGAAUUGGAAGAGGUCCCUUUGGUGAUGUUUGGCUAGCUACUCAUCAUCAGUCCACAAAGGACUAUGAAGUGGCCAUCAAAAUGCUUCAUCCCAUCAAUAAAGAUCAGAUGAGAGUUGUGGUAGAUAAGUUUAAGGAUUUGGUUUCUAAGUCUCAAGGGAUAGAGAAUGUUUGUCUCCUCCGAGGAGUUUCUAUCAUUAGUGGAAGGGUAAGUAAAGAAAAACAAACAUGUGUGUUUCUCUAGUUUUCCCCCAUGUUUUGAUUAGAGAUUUGUAAACUGUAGAUUUGCCUCGUCAUGAAAUUCUAUGAGGGCUGUGUUGGUGACAAGAUGGCUCGGCUUAAAGGAGGAAAGCUUUCAUUGUCUGAUGUAUUGAGAUAUGGGAUUGAUCUAGUUACAGGGAUUCUUGAGUUGCACGCAAAAGGGUUUCUGAUUCUCAAUCUCAAGCCCUCUAACUUUCUUCUCAAUGAUAACGAUACGGCCAUCCUAGGGGAUGUUGGAGUCCCUUAUCUACUUCAUAGUAUCCCUUUGCCAAGUUCUGAUAUGAUAAUGAGACUUGGAACUCCAAACUAUAUGGCUCCAGAACAGUGGCAACCUGAAGUAAGAGGUCCCAUGUCCUUUGAGACUGACUCUUGGGGGUUCGGAUGCAGCAUUGUGGAAAUGCUCACUGGUGUACAACCUUGGAGUGGUAAAUCCAUCGACGAAAUUUACAACUUAGUGGUCAUAAAAAGAGAAAAGCUCACUAUCCCCAAUGCCAUACCGCCUCCUCUUGAGAAUCUACUUCAGGGUUGCUUUAUGUAUGAUCUUCGAAGCCGACCUUCUAUGACAGACAUCUUACACGUCUUCAAGAGGUUGCAGAACUCAGAGGAGGAAGAGUUCUGGUCCUUCUGGAGAGGCAUUGAUAGUAGAGAAAUCAGGAAGAGCUCAGCUUAUCUCGGCUAUACAGAAUGGUUCCUUUCAAAGGAUCAUCUACAAGUAGGGGACACGGUGCGUUCAAGAAAGCCUGCCAAUUCGUGUAAGCAUGAGAACAUGGAUGUGCCAGAAGGAAAGGUGGUUGGUUUAGAACGUGACACUACCGACUCGGAUGGAUUUGCUCUGGUUAAAGUCCAUGGUGUUCAUGAUCCGCUAAGGGUUCACGUAUCUGUUCUUGAAAGGGUAACUAAAGACUUGGCUUCUGGAGAUUGGGUACGUCUGAAGUAUGUAGGAGUGGCAGACAAGAGGUGUUCUCCAGUUGGCAUUGUCCAUUCAAUCAACCGUGAGGGUAUUGUAGCUGUUGGGUUUAUUGGGUUGCCAACUCUCUGGAGAGGGACUUCAUCACAGCUUCAGAUGGCUAAAGGAUACAGUGUUGGUCAGUUUGUGAAGAUCAAAGCCUUUGUUGUCACCCCAAGAUUCAAAUGGAUACGUAAAGAUAAAAGAGUUUGGGCAACUGGCAGAAUCUCUCAUGUUUUACCCAACGGUUGUCUCGAGGUGGAGUUCCCUGGAGCGUUGCCUUUCGGACAGGAGCAUGGAAGCUGUCUUGCUGAUCCGGCUGAAGUAGAGGUUGUGGAUUUUAGUACUUGUGAAGGUGUUGUGGAAAAAAUUCAGCAUCUACAAGACUUUCACUGGGCUGUGAGACCUUUACUGGCUGCCAUGGGUCUAUUGGCAUCAAUGAAGUUAGACCAUGCUCGCUUUUAUAUUUGGAUUUGACGCAACAUCUAAUUGUAGCAUACAACAUCUAGAUAUUGCAUCCAAAUGUUGUUUAUUUUUAUAGUUAAUAUUUGCAUUCAGAUGCAACAUCUAGAUGCCAAAUUGUUCAUUUUAUAUUAUAACUAGUGGUUUUUCUGUGCUUGCGGAAUAUUUAUUUUCAUUAUUUUUCUGUUAAACAUUUGUUUUUAAAUUGAAAAGUUUGAUUUAUAUUAUUUAUUAAGUCAUUUUUUUAUGUUUGUUGUUAAUUUUCUCAACUUUUUCUGUUGAAGAUGUUUGUUGUUAAGAAAUUCAACUUUAGUGUUGUUGCGUUUAUUAGAUUUUUAAUAUGAUUAUUGAGAUAUUUUGAAAAUAAUAUUUUUAUAUCUUUGCAAUAUAAAUUAUUUAAUGUUUAUUUUGUUCGGUCAUCUAGGUUUAGUUAUGUUGUUUUUAUUGGGUUGUUUUAUAUUGAAUCUCUACUUAAGACUAUAAAUAUUGAAAAUAUGAAUUUAGGAUAACACACGUCUAAUUUUUCAGUAAUUAUUUAAAUAUAAUAAAUUUAGAUAUUUUGUUUAUUUUGAAUUUUUUCAUUUGUUUGUAAUAGUAAAAGGUUACUUUAUAUUUCAUACUUACUUUUUUUGUUUUUUGGUAAUUAUGAUAGAUGUUUAAUGUAAUAUUUAUAUUUCUUAUAUUGUAUAUUUAUUUAUUAUAUAUUUUAAUUUAUAUUGUAUAUUUACUUUUUUUGUUUUUGUUUUUUUGGUAAUUAUGCCAUAUAUCUUCUUUUCAAAGAAAUUUUUUAUUAUGAUGUAAA